AUCAUGAUCAGCCUCUUUGCGCUCUGGGUGUCCUCACGGCCCCCCACCAAAACCAUGAACUUUGGUUGGCACCGGGCAGUGCACCAGACAGGGCACCGGCACAGCCAUGCCGCAGCCGGUGAGCAGCCCAACACCAGCGUCCGCGCUGCCUUCGUCCACGUCGUGGGGGACCUGCUGCAGAGCGUUGGCGUCCUCAUUGCCUCCUACAUCAUCUUUUUUAAGCCCGAGUACAAGUAUGUGGACCCCACCUGCACCUUCCUGUUCUCUGCACUGGUGCUGGGGACAACACUGACCAUCCUCCGCGACGUCCUCCUUGUCCUCAUGGAGGGCACCCCCAAAGGGAUAGACUUCAACGCCGUGCGGGAGACUCUGCUGGGAGUGCAGGGGGUGGAGGCCGUGCACAGCCUCCACAUCUGGGCGCUGACAGCAGCACAGCCGCUGCUCUCGGUGCACGUCGCCAUCAGGGCCGGUGCCAGCGCGCAGGAAGUGCUGGAGGAGGCCAGUUCCCGGCUGCAGGGCACCUUCCACUUCCACACCACCACCAUCCAGGUGGAGAACUACUCUGAGGAGAUGCAGGACUGCCGGGAGUGCCAACCGCCCCGCGACUGA